CAGAACCAUCCAGUACAGACUUGGGCAAAAUAAGAGAACUCCACAUAGGGGACAGCAAAGCUUUGAUGACUGUUCUUCUGCUAAGCCUAAUAAAGAGACCAUGGGGAGGGAUGGGGCAAAAGCCCCAGCUGUUGAGCAGGGCAGCAAUGGGAAAAUACCUAACAGAGACAGUGGCAUUGACAGCCCUUCCUGUAGUGUAGCAGGAGAGACCUUUCCAACUGACGAAGGAGGAGAGCACAAGAAAUACCCCACCCCAGGCCUCCUAGCUGAGAUAGAGCCUGAAGGAGAGCGGAAUGCGAGCUCACCUGGUGAUGCCCAGAAAGAGGUAGCUCAAGAAGCUGACAGUGAUGUUGAUGAGGGCAGCAGUGAAGAGCCAGAAACAGCAGAUAUGCCAAAGGGAGAAGACCUAGAUGUAGCAAAGUGUACUGAGCCACAGAAGUUAUUCAACAUUGCAAAUGAACUCCUCCACACUGAAGAAGCCUAUGUCAAAAGAUUGCACCUGCUGGACCAGGUUUUUUGCACCAAGUUGGCAGAAGCUGGUAUUCCAUCUGAGGUAACAACUGGUAUCUUCUCCAACAUUUCUUCCAUCUACUGUUUCCAUGGGCAGUUUCUCUUACCAGAACUGCAGACUCGGAUUACUCAAGAAUGGAGCACCAAUCCUAGGAUUGGGGAUAUUCUUCAGAAGCUAGCUCCAUUCCUGAAGAUGUAUGGUGAAUAUGUAAAGAACUUUGACAGAGCUAUGGACUUGGUAAACAUCUGGACCCAGAGAUCAUCUCCCUUUAAAGAUGUUGUUCAGAGUAUCCAGAAGCAGGAGGUUUGUGGGAACCUGACAUUACAGCAUCACAUGCUAGAGCCAGUACAGAGAAUCCCUCGCUAUGAGAUGUUGCUCAAGGAUUAUUUGAAGAAACUUCCUGCAGAGUCUCCAGACAGAAAAGAUGCAGAAAAAUCCUUGGAGCUCAUCUCCACAGCAGCAAAUCACUCAAAUGCAGCUAUUCGAAAGAUGGAAAAGAUGCACAAGCUCUUGGAGGUGUAUGAACGUUUAGGAGGAGAAGAAGAUAUUGUUAAUCCUGCAAAUGAACUUAUUAAAGAAGGCCAUAUUCAGAAGCUAUCUGCAAAGAAUGGCACUGCUCAAGAUAGGUACUUGUUUCUGUUUAAUAGUAUGCUGUUAUAUUGUGUGCCCAAACUGAGACUCAUAGGUCAGAAGUUCAGCGUUCGUGAGAAGAUGGACAUAGCUGGCUUGCAGGUGCAGGAAAUUGCCAAGCCAAAUGCAGCACAUACGUUUACAAUAACAGGAAAAAAGAGGUCACUGGACUUGCAAACAAGGACAGAGGAGGAAAAGAAGGAAUGGAUUGAGGUCAUUCUUACCACGAUUGAAAAGCACAAGCAGAAGAGUGAGACAUUCAGAGCUUUCAACAGCUCUUUCACCCAGGAGGAGGAUGUCCCAGACUCACCUAUGGCCAGCACGAGCUCCGUGGAGUCCAUGGCAGGGGUGGAUGGCUCUGGUGGAUUUGGAGGACUUGACUCCAGAAAAUCUUCUAAAAAUAGAAGAGAAAAAGAGAAGCAAACUUGCAAAAGCUGCAAUGAAACCUUUAAUUCAAUUACGAAAAGACGGCACCACUGCAAACAGUGUGGGGCUGUGAUUUGUGGGAAGUGCUCAGAAUUCAAGGCAGACAAUAGUCGUCAGAGUCGUGUUUGCAAAGAAUGUUUCCUUAUGCAGACUACAUUGCCAACUAGUCCUGUCUCUGAGGCUGGUGGUGAACAAAGGAAGAAGCUGGAGAAGCAAAAUAUUACUGCACCUGAAAACAGCCUGUUCUGUAGCCACCUCCAGCUAAUGGACAAAGGAAAGGUUUGCUGCAAGCUGUGGGCGACCAUUCCAAAAGCAGAGCCCCUGGUGCUGUAUCUACAAGGAAGCCAGGAUGGGCGGACCCCCCGGACAAUCCCCCUUCCUGGCUAUGAAGUGACUUUGCCGGACCCUGAGAAACUAGAAGCAAAGUACACCCUGAAGCUCUCACAGUCCCACCAGACUCUGUAUCUCAGCGUGGAGGAUGAGGAACUCCAGCGGAGGUGGCUGGAAGUUCUCACUAGAGCUGCCCGAGGAGAAACAGACGAUGCCAGUGCCAGUACUGGGAAUCCCCAGGGGCCCUGAAAAGCCAGAGCCCACCCUGAGGACAGCCCCCACAGGCACAUGGUCCUGGAACUUGGGCAUGAAUGGUUUGACGGUUCUGCAGAGGAAUGCCUCCAGUGGAUGCUUUGUCCCUGUAAAAAGCGACCACUUCAGAAGGGCAAAACAGCCAAUGACCCUGGCUUCAGGGCCAGUGAGCAUGCCCAUGAGUGUGUAUGUGCACAUGGUGUGUGUGUUUUCACACACGUGCUCUUGAGAGUGCAUGUGUGUGCCUCUGCUUGAGCACAGCAGGUCAGAGCUGGGCAAAAGACAAGGUAGUAACAGAAGAGAUCUGGGCCUCUGAUACCAGCCUGGUUUUGUUUUACAUUUGUAUCCAUCUAUUCCUCCCCAGCUGUUCCAGACUGUCUGGUGUUUCUAGAUAUUUAUCCCCUCUCUCCCACCUGGUGCAUAGACUCCCAUUGCCUAGGACUGGAGACUCACGCCCUUAGGGAAGGAUGAGUAAAGCAGGGUAGUGGUCCCCCACACAUCCCAUCCUCCUGAGCCUGGCAGAUGCUGCCCUGUGUGGGUCUGUAGGGUGGGCAUGCACUUGGCAGGCAGGGCUAUGUGGUGUGUUGCUUUGUAAACAAAUAGUUUUAGUUAAUGAUGGUGUUUGGUGAUACUGACUUUGGAAAGAGGGUAAGAAGGAAAUUGUUCAUUUGUUGUAUCCAGAGUUUGCCCUGGGUUGGCUCAAACCCUUGCUGACUCAGGCUGAGCCCCUAGCAGCAUUCUCCCUGCUGUUUGGUGUGGGGUAGAAUAUGUUAGUCAUUAACUAACCAAUAUGUAAGUGCUAAGCCAUGCCAAGGCUUGAACCAGGCCACAGCCUCCUCUCUAUCUUGGUCGGUCUGGCUUUCCUGAUAAAGCAGUCUUUGUGAAGUAUCCUUAUCCAUUAAGCUGUUUGUCCUUACUAUUUGGGGAUAACCCUUUGAAGGGAAAAUGCUGUGGGUAAUGACCUCAGAUCAUUGCUGCAGCCUUCCAGGCCUUUAUUGUAGACCUGCUUCCCACCCACCACCUGCCUCAAGUCCCCUGGCAAACACUGUAGUUAAGGGGAGACCUUUGUAGUUCUACUUAGGGCAUUGCUGAUCUUCUGUACUCAUAGGAAGGUGACUUGCUCAGUUGUUUGAUUAAUUUUCCAGUAGUCCAGGAUUUAUUUAUGAUUUGUAAAUAAUGUUUCAUACCUACUGCCAGAAGUUUAAAAUAUUGAGGUUAAUAACAGGAUUUAGUGUGUAGAGUGACAAAAUGUUUGUAUGAAUUUGUCAUUUGCCCUUCUUGUUAACUGGCAUUUGUUUUGUUCCCAAAGGGAAGUGCUUGUCUAUUUAAAUAAAUGCCCUGCAGCCAGA